AUGAGAGUCGUUGUACUAGCCCUGGCUCUAGCCCUUGUGGCUGGCCAACACCCCAACUUGGCUCCGACAUUUGCUCCUGGAAACACCUAUGAGUACGAUUACCAGGCCAGGAUCAUGGGCGGUCUGUUAGAGCAGGACCUGGCCAGUGCUGGUCUGAAGCUGCAAAGCCGAGUCAAGAUCAGUGUUGACCAGCAGACCGAACACGGUGCUGUCCUCCUGCUUCAGCUUGAGAACCCUCAGGUGUUUGAGCACAGUGGUGUGUGGCAGAAAGACACCUUCAGCCAAACUCAGCUCCGUGCAGAUCUGGCAGCUCACCUCAGAACACCCAUCAAGUUCAAGUAUCAGGAUGGGAUUGUGAGAGAGCUCCUAGCCCCUGAAAGUGUGCCCACAAUGGUGCUCAACAUCCACAGGGGAAUCCUCAACAUCUUCCAGCUGACCAUCAAGCAAAGACAGAACGACUAUGAACUGCAGGAGGAGGGAGCCCAGGGUGUGUGCAAGACCCAUUAUGCCAUCAUUGAGAGAGCGCCUGGCAGCAUCCAUGUGGUCAAGAGCAGAGAUCUGAACCAAUGCCAGGAAAGGGUCAGACGUGACAUCGGGUUGGCAUACACUAGGACUUGCCAUCAUUGCCAGAAGGAUUCUACAAACCUGAGGGAUAUCUCUGGAUAUGAAUACAAAUUGAAGCAGGGGCCAAAUGGUCACAUCAUCGAGGAGGUGUCUGUGAGAGAAAACAUUCAGUUCUCGCCUUUCAAUGAGCUGAACGGUGCUGCCACCCUGGAAACCAAACAACAUCUGAAAUACAUUGAGACCAAACAGGCUCGUAUUGUCCCUGCCAAUUCAGAGUACCGUAAUCGUGGUUCCCUGAAGUAUGAGUUCUCCACUGAACUUAUGCAGAGUCCAAUCCGCAUCCUUAAGAUGUCAGACACGCAGGAACAGAUUGAAGGAAUCCUGAAUCACCUGGUUGCCGAUAACAGACACAACGUACACGAAGAUGCUCCUCUCAAGUUUUUGGAACUUAUCCAGCUCCUGCGUCGAGCUGAAUUAAGUAAACUGCGCACCCUGUUGAAUACCCAAGGACCAGCGAGGAAGUGGUUUGUGGAUGCCAUUCCCUACAUCGGAACAGAGGCGGCUUUGGAACUUGCCAUGGAGGAGAUUAAAAAACCCAAGCAUCAUGUUAGUGAAGCCAUGGAAGCCCUCCAGAUUUUGGUUGGUGUUCUGCACAUGCUAGAGCCAAGCAGGGAAAACGUGGAAAAGGUUAAGAGUUACAUUGAAACACAAAAAGAUGCAGCAGGAGUUGUGCGGAAGUCUCUGCUUCUCGGCUAUGGAGGUCUCUUCCACAGACACUGUGAGAGGGCUGAAUGCAAGGAGGAUCUUAUUCAGCCAAUCCAGAAACACUUGGAACAAGCCUUAGCUGCGGAAAACACAGAUGAACUGGUUCUGUCGGCAAAGGUUUUGGCUAAUGCUGCUCACCCUUGGAUCAUCAAAUCUAUCACAAAGCUCCUUCCAAUUCAUGGCACCAAAGGACGUACACUGUCCAAGAGAGUUCACAUUGAAGCCAUCUUGGCACUGAGAAGCCUUGCCAAGCUGAACCUUAAAGAGGUCCAAAUCCAUGCUAUGCAACUGUACAUGGACACAACCCUGGAGCCUGAGCUGCGUACACUUGCUGUCAUUACACUCUUUGAGACCAAACCUUCCGUAGCCACUGUGACUCGUGUUGCCAAACUUGUCAAGUCUGAUCCAAGCGAGGCAGUGUCCAGCUUCACGUAUUCUCUUAUCAAGUCUCUGUCUAAAAGCAUGGACCACUCAAUGGCUGCUGUGGCCAAUGUUGGUCUCAGAUUCAUGGGCCAAAGGAAACAGAACAUGAAGCUCAGCAAGGCUUUCCUCCUGGACUACUAUAGCCAUCCUUUGACACUUGGUGCGGCUGCAAGCAUUUAUACAAUCAACGAUGCUGCUACCAUCCUCCCCAAGACAGUUAUAGCAAAGACUACUGCCUUCUUUGCUGGAGCAGCUGCUGAUCUCAUUGAGAUUGGAGUCAGAUCUGAGGGAUUCCAGGAACACUUUUUGAAAAAAGAGGUUUCUGAUUCUACUGAACAAAGUGCCAAGAUGAAGCGCAUCCUGAAGGCGCUCCACAACUGGAAGGCUAUGCCCACCAGUCAAAUGCUGGGUUCCGUUUACGUCAAGGUUUUGGGGCAGACUGUUGCUUUUGUUGACAUCGACAAACAGGUUAUUGAACAGGCAAUUCAGAUGUCCUCUGAGUUGGGCAUGACCAGCAUGCAAACCCUCCGGAACCUGGUCCAUAACGGUGUCUCCGCACACUGGGCCAAGGCAAUGAUGCCCGCUGAGAUCAGACGCAUCAUGCCCACAGCCGCCGGUCUGCCCAUGGAGCUCGCCCUCUACACUGUUGCUGUCACGGUAGCAGAUGUUCAGGGUAAGGUUGCCAUGGUCUCAAGAGCCAAGGCCAAGAUCCAUAUGCCCAGCGAAAUCCAUGCAACUCUGGACUUUGUGGACAAAAACUUCAAGAUCAAGGCUCUUCCAAUAGCCCUUCCUGAAAAUGUUGUAGCCGCUGUUGAUAUUGAAACUGUGGCCAUUGCAAGACGUGCCAAAAAGACGACUCCUCUGAUCCCUGAAGAGAUUUCUUCUCACAGCUCAAGAAGUUCUUCUGCCAGCUCCUCCGAUUCUCAGGAUGUGCGGGAUAACAGACCAGUUCAGGACAGAACAGCUUCCAACUCCAGAACACGCAGAAAUGACAAGAAAUACUGCCUCAGUUCCGCUGGAGUAAAAUCCUGCCUGAGAAUCGCUUCUCACAACGCCAAGUUCCUUCAGAACUCUGCUCUGUACAAACUGGCUGGGAACCACCUUGUUCGUCUUUCUCUUCAACAAUCUGAAACAGAAGUGGUUGAGAAGUACGAAGUGGAACUCCAAAUUGGAGCCAAGGGUGAUGGGAAACUCCAGAAGCCCAUUAACUUGAACAUGGAGGAGAUCCCAGAGGGCACGCCUAUUCUCUCUAAGCUCAAGAGAAUCCUGACUCCUGGUCUGAAAAGCAACAGGACAUCUAGCUCCUCCAGCAGCUCCAGCUCAGUGAGUCACAGUGGACGUCGCUCUUCCUCCUCUUCAUCUCACUCUGGGAUGGGCAGAAAGAUUAUCAACGCUGUGGGCAGAAUCAUGGGAACAAAGCACCGCAGCAGCAGCAGUAGCAGCAGCAGCAGCAGCAGCAGCAGCAGCAGCAGCAAAGGCCAUAACCAGAAAAACAAGUCCACUGUAUCCAGCUUGGCCUCCAUGUUCAGCUACAGCUCCAGCUCAGGUUCUCAAGGAUCUCAGAAAAAGUUCCUUGGCGAUUUCGGUCACACUUCUUUUGUGUUGAUCCUCCGCGCCACUACAAAUAACAAGAACAAGAGUCCAAUGGGCUAUCAAAUUGCAGCCUAUGAGGACCAGAGUGAGAGCAGAGUACAGAUGGUCAUCACCACCCUGGAUCGUCAUAGCAACUGGAGGCUGUCCGCUGAUGCCGCAGCACUGAGCCAGAACAAAGUUGCUGCUAAGAUUUCUUGGGGAGAACCAAGCAAGAUAUAUGAUGCCCUGAUCACAGCUGAGUCUGGCCUGGUUGAGCAGAAGAUGGCAGCACGUGUGAGAUUGGCUUGGAAGAGACUGCCCACUGCUGUUGUCAGAAACGUCCAAAGGAUUUUCAAGAUCUACAGCUGCAGAGUUUCUUCCUACCUGUCCAACUUCAAAAAGCAAAGGAGAUCAGAAAACACAAAGCAGAUCUCUUUCACUGUGGUUGCUGAGUCUAAGAAACAGCUCAACAUCAUUCUAAAAUCAGUGAAAUCUGUGUACAGCCACACUGUGACUCUUCCCAUGUCUCUGCCACUCGAAAACAUCAGAGAAAUGGCGCCAUAUGAAAAUGUGAAAGAUAAUAUUCACUAUCUCCUGGCAAAGUCCACUGGAGCUCAGUGCAAAGUUGAAAGUGGCCGGAUUCAGUCUUUCAACGGCAAAUCAUACAGUCCCCACAUCUUAACCUGCUACCAGCUGCUGGCCCAGGAGUGCACAGAUGAUCUCAAGUUUGUUGUUCUUAUGAAGAAGGAUAACGGCAUCACGAUCAGUGUGAUGAUUGACUCAAAGGAUUAUGUCAUGUCCAUUAAAGAAGGUGUUCCAGUUGUUACCCUCAAUGGUGUAAAAAUCCAGAACCUGCCAUACGAGCAAGCUAACAUAAGGAUUAAGCAGGUGGGCAGUAAACUGCAUUUCCUCGCUCCCGAUUUUGGCAUCACUGAGCUCACCUUCGGCCAAGAUCAGAUCGAGAUUGACAUCCCUGAUCAUUUGAGGAACAAAGUUUGCGGCCUCUGUGGACAAGCCAAUGGAGAUCAGAAAAGCGACCACCGCAUGCCCUCUGGUCGUAGGUCCGAAGACUCCAUCAGCUUUGCCCAUUCCUGGACUCUGCCUUCCCAGAGCUGCAGUGAUGAGUCUGGUUGCCGUUUGGCACAAGAGAAGGUUGAAUUGAGUAGAGACAUUAACAUCCACGGUGUGCGGUCCAAAUGCUUGUCCGUUGAACCCGUGUUGCGCUGUAGACAAGGCUGCUCUGCCACAAGGACCGCCCAGAGCAAAGUGGGUUUCAGCUGCAGGCCCUACGGUGAAAACUCCAACGUUCGCGAGGACAUCAUCGACAUAACCGAGAUGGUGGAGACUCAUCUUGACUGCACUUGCACGCCUCGUUGUGCUUAG